CCUCCUCCCUCAGCCUCGCCUCUACAGUCACAGCUGACGAAGAAGAAGAAGAUAAUGAUGACCAACCUUUUAGCCGCCGACGCUACGCGGAACUUACCAAACAGCUAGCUUAGCUUGGUAGCCUGUCUGCUAGUGUGUUGUCCAUGAAAGGGUUUAUUAUAACGGAGGUUAUGGUGCUGCAGAUCACAGCCAGGGCCUGUAAAUGUAUCACAGUCUUCCAUGGAGUUUAGUUCUUGGCUUUACUUUGCUGUUGUUGCCUGACGAGAAAACCGGAGGUGUGUUUAGCUAGGCUAACAGUUAGCAGGUUAGCUCAGCACAGCGUAGCUACUUAGUGAAGUACUUUGUUCUGGACAGACAGCGUUGUGAUGCGGUUCAUAUUACAGCUCCCUAUGCGAGUCCAGAAAAGGCACUUCACCUGAACCUGGGGCUGUCGAGGAUGUUUGGAGCUUUUCUUGCUCCAUCGUCUGUCCCAAGUCAUCCAUUUAACCAGCCAUGUGUUGUUAAUCCCAAACAAAUCUCUUCUUGGCAACAGAAUGAUAAUUGACCCCACCCAGCCCACAGAGACCAGAACCCUCAAAACAAAGUUAUCUAAAUGAUAUGAUAGUAGCUGCCUGGAUCACUUUCUGUGCCUGCAGGAACCUAGCACAGGUUCUGCUCCUCCUCUCCUCUUCAAACCCCCUGCCUCCAUCCUGGGAGACCCUUGUCAGUGUGGUCUCCAGCCUUGGAACUAUGGGCAACAGCUGUGUAUGCAGAGAGGACAGCGACUUAGAGGACCACCAUCAGGGAUCAUCAUCAAGAACGACUCUAGCACAAGCCAGACGUGUGGAUCACAGUACAUCUGUUGACGCUGGAGACAGAAGCAGUCGACCAAGAGAUCCGGUCCGGCCCCCACGCAGAGGUAGAGGGCCUCAUGAACCUAGACGGAAGAAACAAAACGUUGAUGGCCUGGUGCUGGACACACUGGCUGUCAUCAGGACACUUGUAGACAAUGACCAGGAGCCCCCUUAUUCUAUGAUCACCCUGCAUGAAAUGGCAGAAACUGAUGAUGGUUGGCUUGAGGUGGUCCAGUCUCUGAUACGAGUAAUCCCACUGGACGAUCCGCUCGGUCCUGCAGUUAUCACCCUUUUACUGGAUGAGUGUCCACUUCCAACCAAGGAUGCUCUUCAGAAGCUGUCUGAUAUGUUGAGUCUGAGUGCUGCUGUUGCCCAACAGGAUGCUCUUAACCCUGCUAAACACAGAAACACAACAGCUGUACUGGGAUGCCUGGCAGAGAAACUGGCAGGACCAGCCAGUAUUGGAUUGUUGAGUCCUGGAACCCUAGGGUACCUUCUAGAGAGCCUGAGCUCUGACUCCCACCCUACUGUCAUGUUGUUUGCUCUCAUCGCCCUGGAGAAGUUCUCUCAGACAAGUGAGAACAAACUGACUGUAUCCGAGUCUUCUAUCAGCAAUCGACUUGCUGUCCUGGAGUCGUGGGCAGACCAUCCGGACCACCUGAAGAGGCAGGUCGGCUUCUGUUCACAGUGGAGUCUUGACAACUUGUUCCUAAAAGAGGGUCGUCAGUUUACUUACGAAAAAGUCAACCUAACCAAUAUCAAUGCCAUGCUGAACAGCAAUGAUGUCAGCGAAUACCUCAAGAUUUCGCCUACUGGAUUAGAGGCACGAUGCGACGCCUCAUCAUUUGAGAGUGUGCGUUGUACGUUUUGUGUGGAUUCAGGUGUUUGGUACUACGAGGUGACUGUCAUCACAUCAGGGGUGAUGCAGAUUGGAUGGGCCACCAAAGACAGCAAGUUCCUAAACCAUGAGGGUUAUGGGAUUGGAGAUGAUGAAUAUUCAUGUGCGUAUGAUGGCUGCAGGCAGCUCAUCUGGUACAAUGCUCGAAGUAAACCUCAUUCUCAUCCCUGCUGGAAGGAAGGAGAUGCCAUCGGCUUCUUGUUGGAUCUUAAUAAAAAGCAGAUGAUCUUCUAUCUUAACGGACAUCAGCUGCCGCCAGAGAAACAAGUCUUCUCCUCAGCCACGUCUGGUUUCUUUGCAGCAGCUAGCUUCAUGUCAUACCAGCAGUGCGAGUUUAACUUUGGAGCUAAACCUUUCCGUCACCCGCCGUCUGUCAAGUUCAGCACCUUCAACGACUUUGCCUCUCUGAAACCCAGCGAAAAGAUCAUCUUGCCAAGACACCGGCGUCUGGCCUUACUGAAGCAGGUUAGCAUCCGAGACAACUGCUGCACGCUGUGUUGUGACGUCAUGGCUGACACAGAACUGCGGCCUUGUGGACAUGGGGGUAUGUGUAUGGAGUGUGCCUUACAGUUAGAGACGUGUCCACUAUGUCGCCAAGAAAUCCAGACACGGGUCAGACUCAUUGCACAUGUCUCCUGACAAACUUGCCUCCUGCAAAGAGAAAAUAUUUUCAAAGCCUACAAUCUCCUCCACUUUCAUGCCUCCUAAGGCGCCGCGGUGUUUUAAUGAUGGCAGAACUGUAAGUCUUGGUCAUUAAAGGCAGUGGUGGAGGGGACAUUAGAAGAAAGAAAGAAGACGUGGAAAUCAAACCACAGCUGGAUUCCAGGGAGGUCCUCCUUGAUUUCCUGAAUCUAUUCCUGGUAUUCAUCAGAGGCUGAAACAAGAGUCUGCAGCUUUCUCCCCACAUUCACUUUUUCCAGACAAAAAGUGCGAAUGCACGGAGCAGAGACGAUUUAACCGAAUUACAUUAAGAACCAACUUCUCUUUUAUGUAAACUUAUCCAAACGUAGUCCUUGAGACCCCAGUUGCUGCUCUUGGACUCCAGAUAGGCUACUUCUAUUUAAUCCCAUCAGCAUCUUGCACGUGUCUGCAAUUUUGAGGGCUGGUCAGCAGAAAAGAUGGCAGCCUGUAGUACAAUAUAAAAUCAAAGGUACAAAUAAAUCCAUCAAUAUGCUAAUUAUGAAUUACUGUAAAGGUAGCAUUUCCUUCUUUCUCCAGCUCCUAUUCUUUGACAUCAUCUAUCUUUAUUGGUCAAUGGCCCAAAAACACACGUUGUUUGGCUUAAUAUUAGAGUUUUCCUUUGAUGAAUUGUAAUUCAAAUUCAGUUUAAUAAACUGUAUAAAAUCAGUUAUUAUGAAAAGUUAUUGAAAAAAUAAUUCCUGUCAUACGUACUGCUUGUUCGAACUUUUCAUGCUUCUUGUGUUUGGUUGUCUCGGUUCAGACCGUCCACCGUCUCAUCCAAACAGGAAUUAAAAUAGACCUUUUUUCUGUAGAACCUACCAAGCUGUUCAGCUCAGCUUCCACUGAGAUGAAAUAAUAUCUGAAAAACUGUUGAUUGAGCUGCUCUGUGAGGAUCGCCCCAUAACUAUCUGUCUUAAGUCUUGUUUGUGAUGAAUAACGUUUGUGUGUUAAUAUGGCUGUUUGCCAUCUUCAAGAUGUGGUAAAACUUCCCACCAUAAAUACAUUUCAUUAUUAAUGUCGCUUUAUAGGUUGAACUGCAAGCUGCUUGAAGCAAAUAAUGAAAUGUUGGAGUUGUUUUCCCCCCUUUCAACCUUCCAGGGCCCUCCUGGUACAUGUCAUUGGAGAUCUAAUUAAACCAACACUGUGGCUAUCAUAGGAAAUCCACAGCCCUUGUUAGGGUUUUUUGUUUUGCCUUCAGAAGUCCAGAAGUUAAUUUCUGUUACAUUUGUCCCUCUAUGUGCUCUGAACAUGUCAGUUAACAGUUUGUCCUCCUUUCCAUUCUGUCCAUCUUUUUCUUUACUUGACGCCUCUCUGGGUUUACUGAACUGUUGAAGAAACGGGUCACUAACUUAUUGGACAACAGAAUGUCAUUCAGGAAAACAGCAUUUCAAAUCAUAAUCCUAAAUCAUUUAAAUCGUUAAACAAAAUCCUGCAGAGGCCAGAAACUAUGAAAAGAAUUGAUAAAGUCAUGGAAGAAGAGAGUGAAAUGAAUCGACAUUUGUAUUUCCUGGAGCACCUUACAAGUGGAUGUGAGAGAGAAGCUCUCUGUGGUUGAAAACAAAGUUCAGAAUUGAUGUAAAGAUUGAUUUGUGACUUGUAUUUAAAACAUUUAUAAAGGAAUUAUGAUCCAGAGUUCCCAAAGAUGUGAUUUAUUAAGAGAUUGUUGUUUCUUGAUUUGUGAUAUUUGUAAUAAAUGUAUGUUAAUGUGA